CAUCAUACCCCCCUUCCUCCACUUUAAACCAAACAAAACCAUCCCCAAACUCUCCGAACACUCCCUCACCCCUGCAGACAGAACUCGCAGCACCGUCUGCCCCUCUAAUCUCAAGCCCUCCGCGUCUUGCUGAGGAGGAGGAGAAGGAAGAGCAGCUGCGGAGCAGCGAGAGCGGAAGAUGGAGGUCUCUACGGACCAGCCGCGGUGGGUGAGCCACCACCACCCUGCUGUGCUCAAUGGGCAGCACCCGGACUCUCAUCACCCCACGCUUGGCCAUACCUACAUGGACCCAACGCAGUAUCCUCUCGCCGAGGAAGUGGAUGUACUUUUUAAUAUCGACGGACAAGGCAACCCCGUCCCGCCCUAUUACGGCAACUCCGUGAGAGCCACUGUGCAGAGAUACCCCACGGCCCACCACGGGAGCCAGGUGUGCCGGCCACCGCUGCUGCACGGCUCGUUGCCCUGGCUGGACGGGAGCAAGGCGCUGAGCAGCCACCACAGCGCUUCCCCUUGGAACCUCAGCCCUUUCUCCAAGACUUCCAUCCAUCACAGCUCACCGGGACCCCUUUCCGUCUACCCACCCGCCUCCUCUUCCACUUUAUCUGCCGGCCACUCCAGCCCGCACCUUUUCACCUUCCCACCGACCCCUCCUAAAGAUGUGUCCCCGGAUCCGUCCAUUUCCACCCCCGGCUCCACCGGCUCCACCCGGCAGGAUGAGAAGGAAUGCAUCAAAUACCAGGUGUCCCUGGCUGAUACCAUGAAGUUGGAGUCCUCUCACUCUCGGAGCAGCAUGGCCUCUUUAGGAGGAGCCACCUCCUCUGCUCAUCACCCCAUCACUACCUACCCACCGUAUGUCCCAGAAUAUGGCUCUGGACUUUUCCCCCCCAGUAGCCUCUUAGGAGGAUCGCCGACUGGGUUUGGGUGUAAAUCGCGACCGAAAGCACGGUCAAGCACAGAAGGCAGGGAGUGUGUAAACUGUGGGGCUACCUCAACCCCUCUGUGGAGAAGAGAUGGCACCGGGCACUAUUUGUGUAACGCCUGUGGACUCUAUCACAAAAUGAAUGGGCAGAACCGACCCCUGAUCAAGCCCAAGAGAAGACUGUCUGCAGCCAGGAGGGCGGGCACGUCCUGCGCAAACUGUCAGACCACCACUACCACCCUGUGGAGGAGAAAUGCCAACGGUGAUCCGGUCUGUAACGCCUGUGGGCUCUACUACAAGCUGCACAAUAUUAACAGACCCCUGACCAUGAAGAAAGAAGGAAUCCAGACCAGAAACCGAAAAAUGUCUAGCAAAUCCAAAAAGUGCAAAAAGGUCCAUGACAACCUUGAAGACUUUCCCAAGAGCAGCUCUUUUAACCCCGCUGCCCUCUCCAGACACAUGUCCUCCAUCAGCCACAUUUCACCUUUCAGUCACUCCAGCCACAUGCUGACUACGCCGACUCCGAUGCAUCCUCCAUCCAGCCUCUCCUUUGGACCUCACCAUCCUUCCAGUAUGGUCACUGCCAUGGGUUAGCGAGAGACUCCCCUGCUGAAUGCUUACAGUCUCAAAAUGAGAUUUACUUUAUAUACUUGCAUUUUUGCAGGCGUGUGGUUAUGGGCCUGAUGUCCCGAGUCAAAUGGGAGGGGG